GAAUGCAACCUUUCGAUAAAGAAAUUGGUUUGCCAUCCUGCAGCUCGAAAUGCCAGGUAUGAGUGGGUUCUAAAAUGGAAAGUAAUGGACAUAAACUACCUUCAGAACUGCGUUUUUAUUAAUGAAUCUGCGUUUGUUAUUAAUAUGAGGCCGUCUUAUGGUCGAUCUGCCCAUGGCAUUCCUGCCGUAACAACAACUCCAACUAUCAGAGAUGAAUAG